UUACCCCCCAGUACAAGUUAUAACUGAACUAUGGUUCAAAUGCUAUAUUUGUCUUAAAAUUUCAAUUACUCAAAACGGUCACAAUUCAUACACAUGAACUUCAAAUCCGACAUCUACAUAUAAAACAUCCUAUUUAGGACACCAAUUCACCUUCAUUGAACACGGUAAAAAUUUACUCACUCUUUUUACCUUGGCAGUUCUGGUGCAGAAAUGCCACUGCUAAGUUCCUUUUCUUAAUCUUAGAUUAUCAGCAAAUGGUAAUCUCAAGCCCUCUCAGGUUACUCUCCAACUUAACAAAUACUUUCAAUUUAGCUUUCCACAAAAAAGUUUUCUUGAUAGCUUCACUAUGCCCAAACAAAGUUUUGCAGAUAGCUCAUAUUCACUUGUCUCCAGAAAUCUGUUUACCCCUGCACAGUCUCAUAGAAAGGUGCAAAUCCAUGGACCAAAUUAAGCAGAUUCACUCAGUAAUAAUCCAAAAAGGCCUUACUUUUGAUCCCAUGCUUUGCUCCAAAAUUAUAGCUUUUUGUUCUGCUAAUGAAUCAGGUGAUAUGAAAUAUGCUCGUUAUGUGUUUGACAUAAUGCAUGAACCAGGAGUCUUUGUUUGGAAUACAAUGAUCAAAGGCUAUUCAAGGGAAAAUAGUCCCCAAAAUGCAGUGUCAAUUUACAGAGAGAUGUUAAAUAACAAUGUGCAACCGGAUAAUUAUACGUUCCCCUUCUUGCUCAAGGGUUUUACUUGUGAAGUAUCGUUAAAGCUUGGGAAAAGUUUGCAUGCUCAUAUAUGUAAAUUCGGGGUUGAGUUAAAUGAGUUUGUUCAACAUGCUUUGAUUCAUAUGUACUGUUUGUGUGGGCUAGUUGAUAUGGCUCGUGGGGUAUUUAAUUUGAGUGCUAAAAGUGAUAUACUUAUUUGGAAUGCUAUGAUUUCUGGAUACAACAGGUCCAAGCGAUUCGGAGAGUCAAGAAAACUUUUUUAUGAAAUGGAGGAGAAGCAAUUGCAGCCUACUUCGGUGACUCUUGUCUCAGUUAUAUCAGCUCUCUCACAGCUUAAGGAUUUAGAGACUGGCAACCGAGUUCAUCAGUAUGUUAAGGAAUUUAAGGUACAGUCUAAUUUGGUAUUGGACAAUGCUUUAAUUGACCUGUAUGCGGGUUCUGGAAAGAUGGAUGUUGCACUUGACCUAUUUCAGAGCAUGAAGCAUAAAGAUGUUAUAUCACGGACCACCAUUGUCAAAGGUUUCGUUAGCAUUGGACAAGUUGAUGUGGCUUGGAAAUAUUUUGAUCAAAUGCCAGAGAGGGAUUCCAUUUCUUGGACAGCAAUGAUUGAUGGAUAUGUCAAAGAAAACCGAUUUAAAGAUGUUUUAAUGCUCUUUCGCGAAAUGCAAGCAGCAAAAAUACGACCAGAUGAGUUCACUAUGGUUAGCAUCCUUACCACCUGUGCACAUCUCGGGGCUCUUGAACUUGGAGAGUGGAUCAAAGCUUACAUUGACAAGCACAAGAUUAAGGUUGAUAUACAUCUGGGUAAUGCUGUCAUAGACAUGUAUUUUAAGUGUGGGAAUGUGGAAAAAGCAUUGAUGAUGUUUUCUCAAAUGCCUUGUAGGGACAAAUUCACGUGGACGGCCAUGAUUAUUGGUCUUGCAACUAAUGGGCAUGAGAGAGAAGCUCUUGAUAUGUUUUUUGAGAUGUUGAGAGCUUCAGAAACACCUGAUGACGUGACUUAUAUUGGUGUUCUUAGUGCUUGUACUCAUAUGGGAAUGGUAGACGGAGGUAAAAGAUUUUUUGCUAGUAUGACUUCCGAACACGGGAUUCGACCUAAUGUUAUACAUUAUGGCUGUAUGGUUGAUCUUCUUGGUCGAUCAGGGCGCUUGGAGGAAGCUUAUGAGGUUGUAAAGAAUAUGCCGAUGAAGCCAAAUUCAAUUGUUUGGGGAGCUCUUCUUGGUGCUUGCAGAAUUCACAAGGAUGUUCAAAUGGCUGAAAUUGCAGCUCAACAACUUCUUCAGCUAGAGCCUGGAAAUGGGGCUGUCUAUGUUCUCUUGUGUAAUAUAUAUGCAGCUUGCAAAAAAUGGGAAAACUUGCGGGAAACAAGAAGAAUAAUGACGGAUCAUGGAAUCAAGAAGACGCCAGGUUGUAGUCUGAUAGAGAUGCAUGGAAUUGUUCAUGAAUUUGUUGCAGGGGAUCAGUCUCAUCCUCAAUCUGAAAACAUAUAUUUGAAGUUGGCUGAGUUGAUUGAAGAAUUAAAGUUUGCAGGCUAUAUUCCUGAUACUUCAGAGGUUGCUCUUGACAUAGGAGAAGAGGAGAAAGAGAACUCCCUUAAUCGACACAACUAAGGAAGAACUAUUGUGAGUUGUAGGACUUCAGGAGGAGAAAGGAAGUUCACUUGAAUUUCUCAGAAGAGGCUACAAGACUGCAACUUGGUGGGAAGAAGAUGUUGAUUUAGAAGCAUCCUCUGCAUGGCGUAGUUGAACAGCAGAACUGAGUUACACAAAAAGUUGCUUAUAAAAAGAAGAGGACGGCGAUGGAAGCUUACAAAUCAAUACCCGC